AUGUCCGUCUUCUUCAACGACAUAUCCGAGGACAACCCCGUGCGGCAGGGCGACGUCGAGAAGCUCCUGCAGCCCCUCGGUCUGACGAUCAAGGCCGGAGAGUCGGCCGACUAUCAGCGACUCCUUGCCGCGGUCCACGACUGCGCCACUCGCAUCGAUAGCCUCCCCGACUAUCAGCCGAUACCCGAUGCGAAGAAAUACCCCCGAGAGAACGUGCAUCUGCCCACGGCCGAAGAGCAACAGUUUGGCCAUGCCUGGGCGUACCGGUUCCUCAUCCGGGGCGACGACUCCUCCGCCAGAGGCCCCUCGCUGCCCUCCCUCAAGGGAAAGACCGUCUGCGUAAAGGAUUGCAUAGCGGUGGCUGGUGUCCCCCAGUUCUACGGCAGCGACGCCUUCCCCCCAUGGACCCCCUCGACAGACGCGACAGUGGUGACGCGAGUCCUGGACGCCGGCGCCGACAUCCUGGGCACGGCGACCUGCGAGCACUUCUGCAACUCGACGGCGUCCUUCACCAGCGCACAGGGGACCGUCGAGAACCCUUUCGAGGAGGGCUAUUCCACGGGCGGCAGCACCUCCGGCGGCGCGGCCCUGGUGGGCUCUGGGGCGGUCGACAUCGCCAUCGGCACGGAUCAGGGGGGCAGCAUCCGGGUCCCCGCGUCGUUUUGCGGCUGCGUGGGGCUGAAGCCGACUCAUGGCCUGGUGCCGUUCACCGGCAUUACGACUGGCGAUGCGAUUGACGACCAUGCUGGGCCCAUAUGCCGGUCUGUCUUCGAAGCUGCCCAGUGUCUUGAUGCGAUGGCGGGAUAUGACGGCAUUGAUGACCGGUCUCUGGGGGCUGCUGCCCACGGCUCUUUCGGGUACUCUGCGGCCCUUCAGGGAGGUGAUGGUCGGCUGGAUGGGGUGAAGAUCGGGCUUCUGAAAGAAGCCUUCGACCACGAGGUUGUUGACCCUAGAGUGAGGGAUCAUGUUCUCGCUGCCGCCCGGAAGCUCGAGUCACUAGGAGCGACCGUCGAGGAAGUCUCAGUUCCGCUCCACCUGGAAGGUCCCUCGAUCUGGACGAUUCAGCAGCGCAUAUCAGGCUCCUCGGGCAUCUUGGGAAGGGCUUCCGGACGGAGGGGCCUAGGCUUGACCGAGUUUGAGAAGACACGCCUGCCAUGGACCGACGCAAGUUUCCAGAGGCUGUUCCCCUCAACUAAGAACACGGUCAUCAACGGCCUGUACCUGUCCGACAGGUUCCCCGGUCUAUACAGCAAGACAGUCAACAUCGGCCGACAGAUCAGCGACGCUUAUGAAAGAAUGUUCGAGAGCUACGACGUCAUCGUCAUGCCGACGGCCCCGUUCGUGGCUCCGCGACACGGCACUCGGGACUCGGUCCUGCGCUCCUUCGAGCCCACGAUCGGCUUGACGACGAAUACCGCCGUCUUCAACGUGACUGGACACCCGGCAAUGUCGAUACCCGUGGGCUUCCUUGCCGCAAAAGACGAUGCGAGAGUGCAGCUCCCUGUCGGGAUGCAGAUCGUGGGCGGGUUGUGGCAGGAGAGGAAGAUCCUGAAUGUUGGACAUGCCUGGGAGACGAAAUUUGACUGGCGAACCUUCAAGACAGGUCAUGGGGCAUGUCAGUCCCCGUCCGACUUAUCAACAACGGUGAGUGUUAACGGAAGCACAAUGCCUGAGCUCGGGGUCCCAACAUCACCGAGUUUGAAGAGGGUGAAGCUUUCCGCUUGA